ACAUGUUUUAAGUCUAUAAGAAGCAAAAUAAAGCUAUGACUUUUUUUCAGCUUCCCUCUUCCCCAAUUACGGAGUCGCCGGUUCGCAUUGCAAACCCAAACCCGAACCCAAACCCAAACCACUUCCCCUUCAUAAAUAUAAACCCUAUUGGACCCCAUUCUUUUUCAUCUCCAACAUCAAGAUAUUUCAUCUUUUUCAUUUUCUGGUUUUAGUAACCAGGAGGACAGGUCUACAAUGGCCUUGGUGAAUCGAACCAGCGGCUACAUGGGUCCAGUUUUCAUAUCAAGAACCGAUUCUUUACUCAGUGGGUUCUCUUACACAGACCAUAACAGCAGUUUGAUGAUGGAGAAGAGACAGUUGUUCUUGAGAAGCUACCAGUUCCGUAGAAAACAGAGCUUAACUGAAAGAAUGAAGAAAUCUUUGGUUAAAGUAAAGAAAAUUUUAUGGUUUAAACUACGGUCUGCCCGAAAAUUUAGAAGAUUGGUUUGGUCUAGGCUCCGGUUUGCUUUCUAUUGUCGCCGUUCAAGAAAGUUUCUCCGUAUUCUUAGCCCUAACCAUCAUAAAUAUUCUUCUCCUUCUUCAUGUUUUUGGUAGGUUUCUUUUAUUAAUAUUUAUUUUCUUGUGUUUUCUUGAGUACCCAUUUGGUGUUAAUGGUAAUCUUGAAUCUUGGAAGGGUUUAAGUUGAUUUUUUUACUGGUUUGGUUGCAUGAUUGUAUAUAUAUUUAACUUGGUUGUUACAUGUGAAUGUAUAUAUUUAAUUAAGAUGUUCAAAAUAGUAGUAAUUUGUUCUCCAACUUUCAGAAA